GCGAUGGAACAUGAACAGUCAGUCAUUCGUAAACGCUGGCACCAUGAAGGCGCCCGUGGUCAUCGUCGGUUCCUUCCUAGUGGUGGUGAUGGUGUCUGCCGUGGCCAAUGCUACACCAUCCUGGAAGGACCCGGAUGUUCCAGAUUACUUCGAUGACUUUGAUGUUGAUGAUGAAGGAUAUCGCAAGAAGAGAGAGGCAGCGGAUGAGGAUGUUUCUGAGGAUGACGAGGACGACGAUGAGGACGACGAGGAAGAUGACUACCUCGUUCGUAAGAAGAGACAGUUCAAGGCCGAAGUAGAAGGACACCGUGGAUCAGGCGGAAAAGGCUACAGAGCUAGUCUUGGCUACAGCAAGAGCUUCAACAAUGGCCGCACAUCGGUUGACGCCGGAGGCUACCAGUCAGGGGGAUCCUUUGGCCGGGACAGAGGCGGUUAUGUCGGAAUCAAACACAGAUGGUAAUUUGUGUAAUAGAAAUAAAUCAUGAGUUUGAGUGUUGAGAUUCGGCAAAGGACGUUACUUAACUGUUUUCAAGCUUUGGCAAAUAAACUGUAACCAAUAUUGAAGGGAUGCAUAACAAGAAAAGAUUGAAAAAUAAUAAAGAAUUAAAUCAU